GUCCCUUUCCCCGCCCCCUCAGAUGUCGUUGCUGCUUCAGAGCGCGCCGGGAGCCAGGAGACUACAGGGGAGCGGAGCCGUUGGGCACCAUUGAAUAAAAGCUCAGCAAGUCUUCAAUAAAAAUGGCCACCAAUAAAUCUACAUUGCAUAAAAUGGGGAAGAAACAGAAUGGCAAAGGCAAAAAAGUUGAAGAAGCAGAACCUGAAGAAUUUGUUGUGGAAAAAGUCCUGGAUCGACGUGUAGUUAAUGGCAAGGUGGAGUACUUCUUAAAAUGGAAGGGAUUUACUGAUGCUGAUAAUACAUGGGAGCCUGAAGAAAAUUUGGAUUGCCCGGAGCUAAUAGAAGCUUUUCUGAAUUCUCAGAAAGCUGGUAAAGAAAAAACAGAAGGUACCAAAAGAAAAUCCCUUUCAGAUAGUGAAUCUGAGGACAGCAAAUCAAAGAAAAAGAGGGAUUCUGUUGAUAAACCCAGGGGAUUUGCACGUGGUCUUGAUCCUGAACGAAUAAUUGGAGCCACAGAUAGCAGUGGGGAACUUAUGUUUCUUAUGAAAUGGAAAGACUCAGAUGAAGCUGACCUGGUAUUAGCCAAAGAAGCUAAUGUGAAAUGUCCUCAGAUUGUAAUUGCUUUUUACGAAGAACGAUUAACUUGGCAUUCUUGCCCAGAGGAUGAAGCACAAUAAUUGUUUGCAUUCUCUCCCUCCCCUACCCUUUUUUUUAUAUAUGUAUGAUUUUGACUUAACAAAUGUGGAAAGCUUAUAAGUCCUAAUGAGAUAAGUUUAGUUAUUUUUAAGGUAAUGUGUUUUGCAUAAAGAGGAAAGCAAAAGGUUUGUGCUAUCGCUUUGUUUUUUACAGGAAAGCAUUUCAUACUGCUUCCUGCAUAUUAAAUGAAGUGUUUUAUAAAACUUGAUAGUUACUAGUGAUCCUUAAUGGUAAUUUGUUCAGUUUCACAAGUGUUUUGUAGCUCUCUAUACAACAAAUGUGCAUGCAUCUUUUCUGCCAUUUAGUGUGUAAAGCCAUUCUUUUUAGUAUUUGUGGCAAAUUGGUUCUAAGAGGACCAGGUGAAAAUUUCAUAGUAAUUUGAAAGUGCACACUGUAUAUUACUUACUUUAUUGUACAUACUGGUGAACAGCUAUCAAUAAAAUAGUUUUAUAUUCUUGUGCUUUCUUUGCCAAACUGCAGGAAGCUAAGAGGUUUUGAAGGCUAUUUUGGUAUGGAUAACAUCCACUAAUGGAUAGAGGCAGAGGUGGUUUUUUUUCCCCAAAUGAACUGCUAUAACUAGACAGUUAUAUGAAACAUAUAGUUUCUCCCACAGAUGUUUGUAUGUUGUUUCCCAGAAUGAGCAAAAUAAGGGGAAAAAAUGAACAUAAAAAGCUUUUGUGGUAUACUGAAUUUUUCAGUUUUUAAAAAACUAGUAUCCAGGCUUGGUUAUCAUAUUUAUAGUCCUCAAAGUAUAUGGCUGAGCAAUCAAAUCCUGAUUUAAUCCCCUUAAACCCUGUAUCUGAUGCUUCACAAGUUAAUAAGUUAUUGAUGUCUUAGUCCUGGCUUGUUUAGAAACUAUUAUCCCUAAUCCCCGAUACGCAUUUCACAUAAAGUUAUUUUAACUGAUUGCCUGAUAGAUUUAUGUAGGUAGCAAAAUUGAAGAGUGGAACUGCAACUUAGAGGACUCUGUUGGAAUAUACAGCACAUACGUAUCAUAUGGUCAAUCGCUAAGUCACAAUUUGAUCAUCCAAAUAGGGUUACUGUGUGCAUGAUUAAUUUUUAAACACAAGUGCAUGCAAAUAACUAGCAUUCUUUCAUACACACAAGUAUUUUUAAUGUGCCUGUAAAAAGUAUUGAGGCAACUGCCUCUAUAUUUUUUGCUGUCUGUACUGAUUGCACUAGCGAUACCUCUUGAAGCUCUUCAGGCAAAAGGCAAUAUAGUCCACUCUGGAACAGAUUUGUCAACAAGUUAUCACUCAUCUCUGGUAUUUUUGGGUCAGUUUAUGGAUUCAUUUGGCUUUGGUUAUUUUCAGUUUGGGUGAGCAAUAAGGAAUCUUGUCAUGUAUGACUUUAUUGUAAGGUUAGCCUGUUUCUAUUAUAGUUGAGUCAGUGAUUCCAUGCAUAUGCUGAGUAAAUAAAAUGGAUUCUUGAAGCUCA